AUGCCGGCUCGCAUGCAAAGUAAGCUCAAAUUAGAUAUUGCAACAUUAUUUGCAAAAUAUGAAAUGCAAAUGCAAGAUAAUAUAAAUAUAAGUCCAGUCAAUUCACCAUCAACUAACUUGUCUACUGCAGAUUCUAUAUCAUAUAAGUAUUCAUCCGAAGACAGUAUGUUACAAGAUGUUGAAGAUCUACAAGGUCUGCCAAGGUAUGAAUUGUCAUCACGCGACAUGGAUGAAUUAUUACAUGAUACACAACAUGUUAAGUCAAAUGAAGAAAAUCAAGACCAAAAUACAUCUGAAUUUUCUGAGCUUAGACGGUGUUAUGAAGAAGCCGCUGAAGUAAUUAAUAAUGAUAAUGAAUAA